AACAAUCUUAAACAUCGGCUUGGUGGGUCACAGGAACUCCUCCAAGUUUAUAUUGUAUCUAGAGGGUUUGUCAUUUUGAGGGGUGAUUUCCGGCAGGGAGGAGAAACGUCCGACACGCAUUCUGGACUGAUUCUGGUCCAUAAAAGCAGUAUACAAGGCAAACCUAGACGGACUCGCAAAAGGCAGACAUGGGUACUUUAGGGCAGAAACUGAGUUUUGAUUGGAAGGACAACAUCUUCUUGGGGUUAGCUAGAUCACCCAACUACUCCAUUAAUGGUUGGAAGGUUGCUUCCUUCUGCUAUUUUCUUAACCCACGUUUUAGAAAACCAGAUUAAACCAAUCCCAGGUACCCAAGCAUCAAGCAUUCUUUUUUUUUUUUUUAAACAAUGUCCAGCUCCAAAGGUUCAGGAACCCCUAAUCAGCCCCAUAUUGCUAUCUUCCCGUGUGCCGGAAUUGGCCACCUGACCCCUUUCCUCCGCCUUGCGUCCAUCCUCCUGUCUCACAACUGUGAAGUUACCCUCAUUACUGCCAAGCCUACAGUAUCACUUUCCGAGUCAAUGAACAUCUCUUCCUUCCUCUCUACAAAUCCAGAAGUCAAGCAUGUUGAAUUCCAAGUCCUUCCUUCAGAACCUCACAACAGUACAGAUGAUCCUUUUUUCCUUCAAUUUGAAGCCAUUCGCCGCUCUAUGCACCUCCUACUUCCCUUGCUGUCUGAUUUAUCUCCACCUCUUUCUGCCAUAUUUUCUGACUUCGUAGUAGCUUCUGGUGUUCAUCAAAUUGCUGCUGAUCUUGGCCUUCCACAGUAUAUUUUAAUAACCACAUCUGCUACAU